CUGAAGACACGGGUCGUAUACGCUUUAUUAAAGUCCUGGCUCAGCUCUCGUCUGCGCCUGCUGAUGAUAAUGAUGUUCGUGUGUUUUUGGUGCUUAUUGGAUUUGUACAAAAAGCCGGUUAAAGUGUGCAACUGAAGGGCGAAACAUAUACAGCAAUUCGAAAGAAUUUCUUAGAAAAUUAACUUACUCUGCAACUGCCCGCUGUACAUUUAUUUGGACGCGAGGUUUGAGUAAGUAAGGGUGUGAGUGUGUGCCGGGCAUUUUUUGUUGCUAUUGUUGGUGUUGUUGUUUUGUUUUGUCCGUUACCGUGUAAGCUCGUAAGUAGGUUAAUUGACGCGUUUCUGAGUUACUGUGUGUGUUUAUUUGUUGCCACAGCUACAUCGUGUGUGUCUGUGUUUGUGUGCGUGGGCGUAUCUUCUAACAAAAUAAAAACAAAUAUAACGCUCAAGUGAGCAGCCGGCGCUCCUCUUCAUAGUUGUAAUGAACGUGAGCAACAAAGACCCUGCAUAGUUCGAAAGUGGGCCCAAAACACGCGAUAAAUGCGACGUCGGGCAUGUGAACUGCGACUCACAACAAAUUAAGGUAACGUAUGUAUUGGAAGCAGCUUACGCUAGCGCAUAGGAAAAUCAAACCGACUUAGUGAGUCUGGACCAAACUUCAAACAGCUUAGAAGCUUUUACAACAUCGCUUAAGCCGACACAAAUAAAAGGCCCCGAGCAAAGCGUAGGUAGCCAUGUGCUAGACGCUCGAUGCAAGCUUCACAGACAUCAUUAGAGGCAACCAACAACAACAACAACAACAACAAAACAAAAUGCUUAUGCUGCUGCCAUUGCUGAGCAUAUUUGGAGAUGUUCUCAUUGCUGGACUCGUUGAGGCAAAUCUGAGCUUGGGCUUUAAGGCCAUCAAAUUGCCAAGGCACUCAAAUCCGGCCAAUUGCAGUGUCGGCAAUACAACGUUCGCACAUGGAGCCACAUUUAAAUUGGAUUGUAAAACGCAGUGCGUUUGUGAGAAUGGACGACAUGCCUGCUCCACACUAUGUCCGAACGAACAGCUUCCGGCGCCGGAGGAUACGAUUUCGUGCAGAUCGCCCCGUCUUGUUGAGGUGCCCGGCCACUGUUGCAAAAUGUGGCUGUGUGAGAAUCCAACAGCUGAUGUCUAUGCCACCUGCCACAAUAGCACGGCCAGCAAUUGGACCGCCUGCAGUCGUUCCUGUGGCCUCGGCAUUGCCACGCGUCACAUCAACGCCCACGCAGGAUGCCAGCAAUUGAGCAAUUUGCGUUUGUGCGAGAAUCGCAAGUGCGAGGUCGACAAUAACAAUUAUGAACAGCCGCUGGACAGCACGUCGCAUUUGAUGGCACACACUGGACAAUGGCGGAGGCUAAAACAAAAAGGAAAACACCAGCAUCCUGCCGCCGCCAACUUAGUUGCAAGUCAACAGCAACAUCACAAGCAUCUACCAAUUCAACAGGGGCCCCAGCAUAGAAUAAGAAAGGGCCACGAAUGUCGCAGCAUUCAGCGUCUGGGACCGGCACGCGUUCGACUCGGAGAGUGCGUCUCCCGGAAACUAUACCGGCCCAAGCUCUGUGGACGCUGUCAUCGGAGCAUCAAGUGCUGUGUGCCUGCGGUGUCCACAACAAUACAGGUCGAGAUGUUGUGUCCUUUAAAUGCCGUUGAUCCAAUUAACUACGUACAACAGCAAGUGCACAAACAGCAACAAGCAGGAGCAAGGGAGGAAGGCGAGGACGAGGAUGAUGACGUUGAUGAUGGUUUGGAGGUGAAGGAGCCGGAGGAAAUGGAUGAGGUGCAGCAAGGGGUAGGAAGAGUUGGGCAAUGGGCACCACAAUUAUGGGACAGUGUGGCACUCGAGCCCAUCAAUCAGGAAUUUCUGCAAUCACAUCAAAUACAAAUUGAAAAUAAAUUCAUUGCCGUCGAAUGGAUACUGAAAUGUGAAUGCAGCAAGAAUAAUUGCAAUAAUGACAAUGACGGCAACAACAGCAGCAGCAGCAGCAGCAACUAUAACUAUGGUCAUGUGCCUAAAUAUAGCAACAACAACAACAACAACAAUAACUAUGGGCACCACAAUUAUAAAAACAAUAACAACAACAGGCGAGUGCAUGCUGCAAACAAAAGCAAGCAAACUCAUUAUCAGCAUACACAACGGCAAACCAACCGCGUGAAUAAUGGUGUGCCAGACAACGAGGAGGAGAAUGAGGAGGAAAUUAACAGCGACAUUUACGGUAACAACAGCAACAGCAACAAUAACAAUAACAACAACAAGAACAACAACAACAAUGAUAAUGAUGACGACCAGAAGGAGAACGACUCGUCGUCCGCAGAGCAACAGCCCGACAUAAUACCCUAUCCGUUGAGUGUGGGUGAAACAAGCUGGAAAACCGCAAAACUACGACGACAGCAACAACAAGAACAACAGCACAAACCGCAUUGGCAACGCACAUAGCGUCGUUUGCGGCCACACCCACAAAAACCUUAAAAUGGAGGCGUAAGUGCCGGCGUUGUGAGCACCGGGAGACAUCGCUCCCGCAUAAGAUUUUGAACAAAAUUUGGGCAUAGAGUGUAAGCAUUUGUACAGCGUAGUGAUAUAUAGGGCAAGCGAUGAGGCGUACAUACUCGUACUCAUAUAUGAGUAUGUAUGCGUAUAUAGUAUGUGUAGAGCAGGAAGGGCAACUGCAUAAAAGUAAGUUUGUAAAAAUGAUGAUAUCUAAUAUAAUAUCUUUACAUUAUACAAGUAUAUAUGGAGUUCGCAUAGAAAUCGGCGGGUGCAAUUGCAAGGUAAUACGUAGGACUUGAACAUAUCGAGCAUUAAGUAAAUUGAUGUGAAAUUGUAUGUGGUAGCUGUACUUACAAACAUACACAAAUUAUAUAUUUAGUAAUUGAUCAGGAUAAUAAUAACAGAAAAGUGCGCAAGAAUUCAAAAACUUAGAUAACCGAAAUAGUUCCAACUAUCUUAGACGAUAUUUUUAUGCUUUCGCACACUCACUGGUGGGGAAAAAAGCAAUUAGGAAAUGUGUUUGAAAAAUGUGCAUUUUCAUAUAAAGCUGCAUUUUCAAAACCUUUCAUUUCAAUUCAAAAUGUUGUGAAAUAUAUGUAAUUUAUUCGCAAACGUAAUAUUACUUAUAGGCA